UCAAAAGAUAAUUAGUUGACAAAAGUAGGCCAAAAUCAAAUUGAACAAGUUGUAAACUUUUCAUGUCCUUGAAAGUACAAAAUAAAACUUCCUACACUCAUAUCCAACUCUUUAUCAGGCACUACGUAACACAAUCUAGAAUCCCAACGCAGUAACUCGUUAAAUUUUAAUCGCCUUUCCUUUUCUUAUAUAUUCACACAAAUUCCAACUAAAAUUUAUAUGAAAAAAAAACUAUGUGCUACCUUUCACUUUCUAACAAAAGAGAUAACUUCCAACUCUUUUUCUUUCUAAUUUAAGCCUAUCAACAAGAAAAAUAACCUUAUUUAUAUACAUUUUUCGUCCAUUUCACCUCCAUCAAUCAUUCAUUCUUAAAGAUUGAAAUCCUUAUUGGUUUCAUUAAUUUUCUAGAAUAUAUAUAUUUAUUUCGUAAGAUGUCUAGCAUUCUUAAGAGAAUCAACAAGAAGAACAAGAAGGCAAUUAACACGACGAUAAGGAUGAUGACAGCGACAACGACCCCAUCAUCUCCCGUGGCUUCACUUUCUUCGUGGUCACCAUUUACUGAUUAUUUUGAAGAGAGUGAUUCAAGGGAUAUUGAGAAAGUCUUCAGAUAUAUAGAUGAGAAUGGAGACGGAAAAAUCUCCCCAGCCGAGCUACGAAAAUGUGUGAAAGCAGUCGAUACUCAACGACUAUCAGUAGAAGAGGCGACAGCAGCCGUCGAGUGUUCAGAUUUGGAUGGCGAUAGGUUGUUGAGCUUAGAUGAUUUUGGUAGGUUGAUGCAAGGCAAUGGACUAUUGGAAGAGGAAAAGAGGGAUGAGUUAAGAGAAGCAUUUUUUAUGUACAAUGAUAAGAAGAAUGAGUUAGGGUUUAUAACACCUAAGAGCUUAAAGAGAAUGUUGACUCGACUUGGUGAGCCAAAGUCGAUUCACAAAUGUAAGGCUAUGAUUCGGGUGUAUGAUCUAAACGGAGAUGGUGUUCUUUCAUUUGAAGAAUUUGCUAUUAUGAUGCGUUAGAAGGAAUAAUUUUGUGGUUUUUUAUUUUGUAAUUGUUUGUAUAUUAGGUUAUAAAUUUUUAUGUGUUCCAAAUUAGAGGAAAAAAUGUUUCGUCUUAGAUAAAUACUCAUAAUCAGUCACAUGCAUAAGAUGAUGUGAAUAUUAAGUGAGAGGGAACAAUUUGUUUUAGGGAAUACUAUACAAUAGACAUGUUGAUAUUAUAGACAAUGUCAAAUAUGUACCCAUGUUGGUUAACUAGCUUCCAUUUACUUUGUUGAUAUAUUACAUGGUUGUA